UCCCGCCCUGUCCAUCAGCUCUCCUUUACUCUUUGCUGUGCUGACUGCAGUCAUGACGGAGUUGGACCCAAAAUUCGAGUUCGAUGCUCCGUUUUUUGUGGACUUCGAAGACAUACGGACAGGCAUGGAGGAAGAAGGUGACGUGGACCAGUGGUUUUCAAGUGAGAAAGACCUCAGCAACAACCAGCUGAAAAAUGAAUCCCCUUUCCUCUGUAGUGAACUCGCAUUUAGAGAGGGAUGAUCUACUGUUACUCCCCCCACAACUGGCUGCCAGUGCAGAGAAACAGCAGCAGGCUUUCUCGGGAAACUUCACUUCUGACCCAGCAGCAGUGGUGAAACUGGAGGAGCCAGAGAGAGAGGGCGAGGUUUUGCCGCCAUCUCAGACAGACUCGGCAGGUCCUGCUCCUCCCCACGUCUCUGUCAAGGGAGAGAGUGGAGAGGGAAACGCUGCGGGUGAGACGCAGCCUCCGACGAGGCUGGGGCAGAAGAGAAGCGCAGCCAGCAUUCUCUCCCUACAGACUCCAGUCAUAAAGCAACAGAGGGUGCAAAGAGGCUCCUCUAAGAAAGCUAUAGCUGCCAUCAAGAAGAUCCUGAAACCAACCACUGAACGUUCGGUCCCUGCUAAAACCCCAGAGCACAUGAAGCGCUACUUGGCCAAGAAGGAGGGGCAGGUAAAGAGAACGCGGGACGAACUGGAGGCAGAGGAGAUCGAGAAGAUGCAGGCCGAAUCACGGAAGAAGCUACGAGAACACCGCAAGACGUUCCACCGACUGGCAGACUCGGGGAAGAAGCCGGCGAAGAUGGUGAAGCACUCGAAACCGACGACAGAGUCCGUGGGAUUCAAGUUCAGGACGGAGAGUCGUGUCCGCAAGAGACGCUCUGCUGCCGCUGGGGGGUCGCGACCUCCUGUGGCUCAGUCUAGCGGAUCUCAUGCCAGCAACUUCCCCAUGACCCUCCGCACUGCCAACACAUCAAUACCUUCAGAGUCUGAAGGUCCUCGAAAGGCAACAGAAGUCAAGCCUUUCAACUUUCGACUCGCCACUCGCUUCCCCAAGGAGCCAGCUGAGGGAGAUGAGAAGAGAGAUGGCCACGUCUCGGCGGCAGAGUACGUCUUCAAGUUCCAGGCAGGCACGCCGGAGAGGUUCCGUUCGGUCCCUCCUCGCAAGCCGCAGCGCUCGAUGUACGUCACCGUGGAGCAGACCUCGCAGAGUAGCACCAGCACCAGCAGCAAUAGCAGUAGUCGAGCUGCUCCUCCAGGUGGCGGUGGCCUGACAGUGCCCUUCACCCCCAAACUACUCACCAAGAAUCGAGGAAGGCCCACUCAUGUUAAAAGUUCAGUCGAGAUGGAGGAAGAGGAGCUGGCCAGGAUAAGGCAGAACCCGAUCAAGGCGAACCCACUCAACCCAAAGGUCUUCACGGGCCACGGACUAAUGGGAGUACCAAACAAACCGCACCACUCGACCACACAGGCACACACCCCCAAACUGGCCACCAGGGAGAGAGGAGAGGCUCGGGCGCACGAUGGCAGUCGCGACGAGUCUGACUCCCAGCCCACUUUCAGAGCACAACCGCUCCCAAAGGGACUGUUUGAAAAAGUGCUGGGUCUGCCAAAGAAACAUGAACCAUUUGUAACGUGUCCCAAGUCCCCGGCGUUUUCCCUGAAACGAAGAAGCCUUCACCCAAACACAGAAGAAGAAACGGAGGAGGAGAAAUGCCAGAUCAUCAUUGCCCGACCGGUGCCUGACUUUAGCCGGAAGUUUGAGCCGCAGUUGGACCACAAAAAGACGGAACCGGAACCGUUCAGUUUCGAGGAGCGCUACAAGGACAAACCAACCAGAGCCUCUUUUGUCCAGAUGAUCCUGGAGAAGGAGAAGAAGGACCCGUUCAGGGCAAACCCGGUGCCGCUGUUUGGCGAACCGUGUCUUCCAGUUGCCCAGCAACAGCCGAUGACAGAACCAAAGACUCCAAACCUUCGGACCCGGACAAGGGGACUGGACUACGAGAACAAGUGGAGACAAACGAUGUUUGAAAUGAUCCAGAAAGAAAAGGAGAAUGCCGAGUUUCGAGCAAAGGACCCAAAGGUGUUGUACAGGGCUCCGUUCAGGGCAAAAACGGGGAACCGGCAGAUCACGGAAGUCUCAAACAUCAUCCUCCACACUGAGGUACGCAGCGAGCAGCGGGCGGAGUUUGAACGCGAGUGCAAGAGCAAGGAGGAGGAGCAACAGCAGGAGAACCGGGAACGACAGGCUGUCGCAGAGGCCGAAGAGGCAAAGAGAGUGGCACUGCUGAGACAGGCCCUGGUGCACAAGGCCCAGCCAAUCCGUCGCUAUACUCGCACCGUCGUCCAACCUAGCCUGAAACCUCUCACCGCUCCCCAAUCCCCCAACUUUCAUCUCAGACCGAGGGGCCAACAUUAGCACCUUGUGCACACGCAGCCCAUUGUACGUACCUGUAUACGGACAUUUGAAUUGAAUGUAACUCUCACUUUCACUGCAUACAAAACUGUACACACAUACAUACACUGCACACAUUUUCUUUACAAUUCUGCCAUAUAUUUGUUACGUAUAUACACAAGUCUCUACAUACAGAGAACGAAGAAAAAUAUUAUGAGAUGCAAUAAUAAAAGGCUCCAGCUUUGCUCACCGAACACAAGCCGACACAAUAACAUGGACACGUGUGUAAUAAUUAAAAGGUAUUGGAAUGUGUUGCAUUGCAGUGUCACUGGUGGCAGUUGUUGCUAGGGAGAUCAUUGUCCAAAUGUAUUCUCUCCGCUGUAUGCGACGUACAAGAACCCAUCCUCGUCCUUAUUUUCUGCAUAUAUGGUGCCCAUUGAUGCACUGCAUGGAGGAGGAAUGGUAUAUAUACAAAAUGAAAGUUUUUAACCGCCCUGUGAACUUUGAAGUAUGAGCCCAUCAAUAAAUACAGCCACCCUGCUAUAUACACAUCUAGAAGCGUUCUGCCAGCUUGCCGGGAUACCAGCUAAUUUUAAAGAGGCAGGGAUAUUUUGUGGGUGUGGACACAAUUUUGUCGUAUUUAUUAUACUGAACGACAAAAUUUUCUUCCUCAAAAGCUAGCGUCCCAUUAUGAUGUACUAUAUUAUACUUGCCACCAUACAGUUUGGUAGAGGGUACAUAAGUAUGGUCGAACCUUGUGGUAGGUAGGAUCUUGUU